AUGUCUCUCUCGCACAUGAAGAUGUAUGAAGGGAAAACGGCGUUCCCGAAGCAUGCGACACCGCAAGCUGGAGAUGGUGAUCAAUUUACAGGAAGCGUGUAUGGGUCACGUUUUGGGAUUGCGCCUUUACCUAGUGUCGAUAUUCCAGACGGGCCUAUGCCAUCUGGGAUAGCAUAUCGUAUGGUCAAGGAUAAGCUCAGCCUGGAUAAUAACCCUAAACUGAAUCUGGCAUCCUUCGUAUCUACAUACAUGGAGGAGGAGGCCGAAAAGCUGAUGACAGAAGCUAUGUCAAAGAAUUUUAUAGACUUCGAGGAAUACCCAGAAACCGCGGAAAUCAAUAACUAUUGUGCCAAUAUGAUUGGUAGUCUCUUUCAUGCUCCCAAGGACACAUCGAUUGGCACCUCAACUGUCGGUUCAUCAGAAGCAAUCAUGCUGGCAGUCCUGGCCAUGAAAAGACGUUGGAAAUUACGUCGCCAGGCGGAGGGGAAAAGUGCUGACCGUCCAAACAUCAUAAUGUCAUCUGCAGUACAGGUGUGUUGGGAGAAGGCCGCCAGCUAUUUCGACAUAGAGGAAAGAUAUGUCAACUGUACCCGAAAACGUUUUGUUAUUGACCCUGAGCAAGCCGUGGCUCUGUGCGAUGAGAACACAAUUGGCAUAGUUGCAAUCCUUGGUACCACAUAUACUGGGGCGUAUGAGGAUGUCAAAGCUAUUAGUGAUAUCCUGGAGAAGCAAGGUUCUGAGGUGCCUAUCCAUGUGGACGCCGCCAGCGGGGGGUUCGUAGCUCCUUUUAUUAACCCCGACCUGGAAUGGGACUUCAGGAUUAAGAGAGUGGUGUCCAUCAAUGUGUCCGGUCACAAGUAUGGUCUGGUGUACCCUGGCGUCGGCUGGGUGGUUUGGAGAUCUUCCGAAUAUCUCCCGCAAGAUUUGAUCUUUAAUAUCAACUACCUGGGAGCAGAGCAAUCAUCAUUUACUCUUAACUUCUCCAAGGGUGCUGCCCAAGUUAUUGGUCAGUAUUAUCAACUCAUCCGACUCGGAAAAUCUGGCUUCCGUGAUAUCAUGUACAAUCUUGUCCAGAUCGCCGAUUACUUGACUCAGGCACUCAGAGAGAUAGGAUUUAUCAUCAUGUCAGAGACUGGUGGCCGUGGCUUGCCUCUUGUGGCCUUCCGUUUCCCCAACAGGGACGAAGGGGCCCUCGAAGAUAGGGACUUCGAUGAAUUUGCACUGGCGCAUUACAUCAAAAUCCGGGGCUGGGUCAUACCAGCAUAUACGAUGGCCCCAGACACAGAUAAAAUGAAAAUGAUGAGGAUUGUUGUUCGCGAAGACUUCUCACGGAGCCGAUGUGACUUGCUCAUCAAAGAUAUCAAGCUAUGUUGCCAACACCUAGAAAAGGACAGCCAACAGUUCAUUAAACGAUUGGAGGACCACGCUGUCGACCAUGCUGUCGCAAAGGCUAACUAUGCGCAGCAGGAACGCCAUUCGCUCCAAGGGAAAACAGGAAAGACUCAUGCUGUCUGCUGA